UUCCCCGCUAUUGUUUUGACUUCCUGCCUUUUGCUGAUGUAAAGUUCGGGAAGCGGAGGUCAAAAGAGGAGGCUGAGCCCCCCGAGGGGAAGCGAGCAACCAUUGCUUUGUUCCUUUUCCCAGCCCUAUUCCAUUCAUACGGAUACUUUCCUAACGCACACUCUCGGCGGGAGUGACCCUGAUGAUGAUGAUGGGAAGAGACAGUGUGGCUGUGACCUUGCGUGAGUCAAACUGUAUCUGCUUCACAUGGACUGUGACAAACUUUUUGGAGCGGCUCACUCCACAGCUACUCGACGGGCUUUGCUGCAGAAUUAUUUUAAGUCAAUGCAAUCGAAUUCUGGAGCAGAAUCACUCUAAUACCCCAAGAAUGGGGGCAGCUGCCGCUCGUGUCUUCAACCCGCUGGGAGGCCAUCUGAUCCCCCUCUGUAUCUGGACUUUCCACAGCUUCUUAACAUACAAAAGAAACAGCAGCGAUGUUCGGUUUUUGUUCUUUUUCGCUUUGAGGCGACGAAGGAAAAAGAAACGGCGGCUUGACUUGUCGUUGGGGACUUUUGGGGGGCAUGCUUGUCCACACCGUCGGGAAAGAGCAGAGAGUGACAGUCAAUUCUGUCCGUUCCCAUCUGGAGACAUGCACUGGACGGUGGCUGAUUGCAAAGCUCUGCUGCUGCUGAUUGUUCUACUGUGGGAUGGAACUGGAGCCUUUGGACUGAAAGCCACAGGAUGGCCGCUUUAUUCUCAGAAGCCCCUGCUGCUGGCGUGGAACGCCCCGACGGAGGACUGCUUCCCACGGCACCGCGUCUCCCUUCAGCUUGACCAGUUCCAGAUCGUGGCCUCCCCCAACGAGGGCUUUGUGAAGCAGAACCUUACCAUCUUUUACAAUGACCGCCUGGGCCUGUACCCCCACUUCGAGCCGGACGGAACGCCUGUUAACGGUGGUCUGCCGCAGGUCGCCAGUCUGGCGCAUCACCUGGACAAGAUGCCAGAGGGGGUGAAGAAGUACAUACGUGAGCCCAGCGCCAAAGGCCUGGCGGUUAUUGACUGGGAAGAAUGGCGCCCCCUUUGGAUACGCAACUGGGAGGCUAAGGACAUUUACCGCAGGCAUUCUCGCGAGCUGGUGCGACAGAAAAACCCCACCUGGCCGCCCGAGCGGGUGUCCAAAGUGGCCCUGCAGGAGUUUGAGAUGUCCGCCAAGAAGUUCAUGCUGGAGACGUUGAAGCUGGCCAAGCACCUGAGGCCCAACCAGCUUUGGGGCUUCUACCUGUUCCCGGACUGCUACAACCACGACUACAGGCGCACCCUGGAGAGCUACACGGGCCGCUGUCCCGACGUUGAGGUGGCGCGCAACGAGCAGCUCAAUUGGCUGUGGACUGAGAGCACCGCGCUCUUCCCGUCCAUCUACAUGGGCAAGGUGCUGCGCUCUUCCGCCUCCGGACGCCAGUUCGUGAGGAACCGUGUGAAGGAGGGCAUGCGCUUGGCGUCGUCGGGUGACGGGCUGGCGCGUCCCGUCUUCGUGUACACUCGACCCACGUACAUGAACUCUCUGGAGCAGUUGACAGAGACGGACCUGGUGUCAACCAUCGGGGAGAGCGUGGCUUUGGGAGCAGCGGGCAUCAUCCUGUGGGGAGACGCAGCCUAUGCCAGCAACAAAACCACCUGCUCGGAGCUGGAUGCUUAUCUCCGGGGUCCAUUGGGAAAAUACCUCCUCAACGUCUCCACGGCAGCCGAGGUAUGCAGCCAGGCUCUGUGCUCUUCCCACGGCCGCUGUCUCCGGCAGGACCCUGACGCCGAAGUUUACUUGCACCUGAACCCCGACACACACAGCGUGCGGGCCGGUCUCGGCGGCAAGCUGGAGGUGGUAGGCGAGCCGGGCCAGGCGGACCGGGCGGGCUUCGGCGCCGGGUUCCUGUGCCAGUGCUACAGCGGCUUUGAAGGGGAGCGCUGCGAGAAGAUGGACCCUCUGUACCAGAAAGGAGCGGCGUAUACAAUCUCAGCAUUGACACUGCAGCGUGUGAUCUUACUGCUUUUUUAUGUCGGCGUCCAACACAUACUGUAGACCAGGGGGUCUCAAACUUUUUGGGUCCCUGGAAACUCUUACCUGGGUUGCAAAGGGAGGGAAAUUGCUAAAGGGAGAAAGUCUCUGGAAAGUUUACAGUAAAUGUCUAUGGGAAGUUAAGAUGGGGAAUUUAGGAAAUAUUCUCAAUUGGAAACUUUCCAAGUGAAUCAUGGGAGUUUAUGAUAAUUUCAUGCAAAUCAUAUUCAAUCAUAAAUGCAACAACAAAAACAUCUACAAAAAAUGGGACAUUAUUCCUGUAAUAAUAUGGCUAUUGUUCUAAAAAAAAAAACCCCGCCUAAAACAAGACAAAAUACUAUUCAUGCAGGGAUAUCAGAUUUAUGUGAUGAUGCGUCAAAAUCAUAUCAGUGCCCUAAAGCUGAGGUAAAGGGGAGGAAUUUGUUUAUUGUUUGUUUUAUUGGCAGCCGGGCUCCAUAUGUACAGGUCGUUAUGUACAUUGUAAAUGAUAGGCUGUCAUAAUUUAUUGCAAGUCAUUUUGUGGACCCCCAAGCUAUAGCUCGCGGACCCCAGUUUGAGAACUACUGCUGUAGACACACACACACACCUGUCUGGUGCCUUUCAAAUGCUGUAAAACACGGAUGACACAAAGUGUAUUUUUGUUGUUGAGAAACACUGUUACAAGUAGAGGAGGGGGAAAACAAAUCUUUUUGUAACUUUUUCACCAAGUGAGGGCUUGCUGGAACGACGGUGUUUACGUUUUGGUCCCAGUUUCCUGGCCCUCGCCGUGUCUCCCAAAGGUGUCAGAUUCCACGUUUCUCACAGUGGAUGAGGAUGUUUGCUGAGGGAAAUGUGACCGGUCAGUGCACGGACGUCAGUAGCUGAGCUGACUCAAGGCUAUUAUGAGUUUGACGGAGGCCAUUGCAAUAUUUAUUUGAAUGUACUUUAGCUAUUACCACGUGAAAAUUCUGUGCCUUAAAUGCCACGACGACUACUAAUUUACUACUUCAGAGUGAAAUAACACAUUUAUUGUAAAAAAAAAAAGAGAGAUUAAAUUCAAGAACAAUUGAAUAAAUACAUUCACUGAUGGAA